AUGUGUGUGCGUGCGUGCGUGUGUGACACCAGAAGUAAACGUCCUUGCUUUUCGGGAUUCCAUCGAGUCGCGGCACGGGGACAUUCUACCGCGUUCGACGACUGUGCACGACGUUCCGAUUCUUUUGUUUCCCUCGAACAUGUAUUUCGAGAAAACCAACUCGUUUUCUUUUCCAAAACUCGGAGAGAAUCUCCGGCAAAUGUCGGUGUGAAGAAGAAAAUCAAAAGGACGUCGGACCUGGACACGUUGCUGUGCAGACAGGACCUGGACCGAUUGCAGAAGCUCGACGACGAUGAUCCAGACAAGGACGCGAGGGAAUCCUCGAUGCAGAUGGAGGACUUCUUCGAAGUCGGGGGGCCGGUUUGUCGGCCCCAGGCCAGCUUCGUCUCGUCGAGGAGCCAUCCAGCUGGGAACGACGACGACGUGUUCCUCAGGCCGCCGCUCUGGGAGGACAUCACUUCGAGCAUCCAGAAGCUCGAUCCCGAGAACGCGGACAUGCUUGGCUCGCAGUCGCACGUCAAAAUGGAGACGGACGACGUGACGUCGCCGGUAUUGUCGCCGGUCGAGAUUAAAACCGAGCCGUUGCCGCCGCCCCCGACGUUGCAUCUCCUCGAGGGACCCGCCCCGAAUACGGUGCAACAGUUCGCGAACGGUCACGCGAAUCCGUCGUCGAACGGUCCCCGUGUCGUUCAUCACAGGACAUCGACUCCUGCUUUCAAGACUUUUCCCUCGAACAACAAUAACAAUACCAGCAACAACAACAAUAAUAACAAUAGUAAUAACCAAAACAGCAGUAGCAACAUCAUCAAUCCCACAAGUAUCACCAAUAACAACAACAACAGCAAUACCGGUAGCAAUAACAACAGCAACAGUAAUACUGGAACGAACAACAGCAACGAUUCGUCGUCGAAUCACGUUGGUGUUGGGAAUCAAGUCGGCGGUAACUCGUCGUCGCCGUUGUACGGCUCGAUGACAAGGCUGAUGUACAUUUCACCGUUGACGCCGCCGAUCUCCGAUCCCGGCUCGCCGAUCGGCGCUCCACCGAGGCGGACACCGCCCCCGCCCUAUCCCCAACCGUCCAUUAUGAAUCCCGCUCAUAGGAUUCAGCAUCCAGGCAUCACCACCAAAUUCAACCGGCGGAACAAUCCUGAGCUCGAGAAACGACGCGUCCACCACUGUGAUUUCAUAGGUUGUACGAAGGUCUACACGAAGAGUUCCCAUCUGAAGGCGCACCAACGGAUACACACAGGCGAAAAACCGUACCAGUGUCAGUGGCCGGAAUGCGAAUGGCGGUUUGCCAGAAGCGACGAAUUGACCCGUCACUAUCGAAAGCACACGGGCGCGAAGCCGUUCAAGUGCGCCGUGUGCGAGCGAUCGUUCGCGAGGAGCGACCACCUCGCCCUCCAUAUGAAGCGGCAUCUACCGAAGCAACACGCCAAGUGACCGCGUGACCGCUCGUCGAACUCACCGACGUCGAACGCUACCACCUCGAAGGAUCCUUCCGUCCGUUUCGGCGAAAUGGAGACCAACGGACGGCCUGUAACCGAUCGAUUAUUCGCCCUCGAUUCGAUACUGUCCGAAUAGUCUCGCCCCUGACAUCCGUUGUCAAACGAUGCACGAUUGUCGAAAGUUGGAUCGCGCGUGGGGAAGAUCGUCGGAAUGAAUAUCCACCCCGUCGGAUUCGUUAUUUUCGCUCGAACUCGAAGCGUAUUUUUCCGACGUAACCUCUGCGCAUUCGCGUUCGCAUGCACAGUGAGACACGGUCUAUAAACGAAUAUAAUCGUUUGUCGAUACGAUCCUAGUGGCUGGACCACUAAUGAACGAGCGCUCCCCCACAGAUGAAUGCACACAGUUCGCGAUUUUGUGUUUUUGCUGCCUGUAUACAUCGAGGAAAAAGGCUGCAACUCGGAAUGUGUACGACGCGUCAAGGUCAAGGUUCGAGAUUCUCUCGAGACUCUCGGUGAUACGAGAAGAGACACCAAUCGAGUGACCGUAGUUGAAUGAAAUGCCGACUCGUUUUUCGUAUAUGUUUAGUGAUCUGUAUUUAUGACGAAGUACGCGAACGUGUGAACGUUAGUGAUCGCUGUACCGUUUUAAGAUGUUUUGCGCGGCAGUUGUAAUUUAGGAGAAUAUUUAUCCGAGGAAAACGUUCCGUGAAUUCCAGCUGUAAAUUCGCCAAUCAUGUGCAUACGACGCGCCGCGUUUACACGAACGA